AUGAAGGGCCGGCAGCGGAGGUGCAGGUGGGCUCAGCCCUGGACCCUGCUCUUGCUUCUCAUAGGUCCCCGGCUCCUGGUGAGUCACAGCUGGGGUCCCGCAGAGAAAGAGGGAGAUGAUGACCAGAGAUUCUUGAAGAACUACCCCCCUGCCACCGUGGAGCAUGCCUUGCACAUGUACAACCGGACAAGCCAGGGCAGGAACGCCUACAAAGAGGUGCGUGUACUGUGGUCGUGGAAGGAUCCUGUGGAUGUCAGCCUGGUGUUCUCCAUGGAGCUGCAGUUCGCCCGAAUCAGGUGCAGGACAUUUGACGAAGACAUCGACAACUGUCCUUUUCAAGCAACUCCAGACGUGAACAAUGCUGACACCUGCCACUUUACGAUCGCCACUGACCCAUGGAGAACACAGUGUAAACUCCUGAACGACACCUGCCUGGAGGGCUCCGCCGAGCGAGGCCACACCCCAGCCUGGGGGCACCCUGGGGGCAGACCCUUCUGUGUCUGA